GCUCUCACUUCUGCUUCCGGCUAAGCCUCGUGUGCGUCGUGUGGCUAGUUACUUUGGCGGACGUUUCAGAAAUGUGUUCGUUACUCGCGCUUAAUAUUUACUGUGCCAACGGAGACAAAACCAAUGUGAAGGAUCGUAGUUUCUUAUUUGGCUGACACAAGUGAUCCGCCUGUCUACGGAACGUAUCUCGUCUGUGUGGUAACCUGCGCACACUGCAAUGAAUGCUGAUACGGACACUCCAAACCUCGUGUUGAACAUAAAUACGAGCGUUGUUCCAAACGACAAGGGAAGCAAGGUGCAAAAAGCUGGACCUGCAAAGAGUGAGCAGAAACAAUCCACGUCAGCUGACCAUCGUACUACUGAAAAACCUCCGAUCAAAAAGCGUCAACGCGAAUUUUAUGAUGCAGACGAUUCUAGGAGACGGGACCAGCUCGACGGUCCUCCGCGCAAGAAAGAAAAGUUUUCGUCACUGUUCGAUCACGAUACAUAUCUACCAGACGUGGACGUUGAAGUGACUGAUACGAAGAAUGAACCUGUUUUCUCGUCGUCGCAGUUCACAGAAUUCGACAUUCACCCUCACAUCGUUUCCUGCCUGGCAGACCGUUUUGGCAUCACCACAGCUACGGAAAUUCAGAAACUAACCAUACCAGUUCUUUUAAGAGGCAAAGACGCGUUGGUGAAAUCUCACACCGGGUCCGGCAAGACACUCGCAUACGCUAUACCCAUAGUUCAACGUUUGCAAGAAGUUCGACCUAAACUAUCACGGAAUGAAGGCAUCUACGCCGUCGUCAUCGUACCCACGAGAGAGCUCGCGUUGCAGACGUACGAAUGCUUUGAGAAACUCACGAAGGCAUGCACAUGGAUUGUACCGGGCGUACUUAUGGGCGGCGAAAAGAAGAAAUCUGAAAAAGCUCGUAUACGCAAAGGAUUGAAUAUCGUUAUAGGCACGCCCGGCAGGUUCAUAGAUCAUCUGGAACACACGGAAUCAUUCACGCUUCGCAACGCCACCUGGUUGGCUAUCGACGAGGCAGACCGACUGCUGGAACUUGGCUUCGAAGAAUCCGUAGCCAAGAUUCUGACAGUCUGGAAAGAACAGAAAGCAACAGUGUGCAGCACGUCCGUGCUUUUAUCCGCAACUUUGUCGAAGGGCGUCGAAAGGCUCGCUGGACUUGCACUCAACGACCCGGUCACCUUGGACGUCGCCGUCGAAGCCGGUGCUGCGGAGUUGGAAGAACUAGUCCUGCCGCCCGGUCUGAGCCAAUUUUACGUACAAGUCCCUAUAAAACUGUCGCUGAUGACUUUAGCAUGUCUCGUGCUUGAAGCCUGCGUAGCAGAUGCUCAGAAGAGGAGCAAAAUAAUCGUCUUCAUGGCGACGCAGGACGUAGUCGACUUUGAGCAAUCCGCGUUUUCGGCUGUUCUCGGAUCAAUGUUUGAGGACACGGGUCGUCGCAUCAAUUUUUUUAAACUCCACGGCGAAAUGUCGCAACACGACCGUGCAGAAGUGUUCAAGAAAUUCAGAGAGGCCAGCACUGGCGUGCUGUUCACGACGGACGUCGCAUCGAGGGGCCUGGACGUGCCGCAGGUGGACCUCAUCGUGCAGUGCUGCGUUCCCCUGCGGGCGGAAGACUACGUCCACCGUGCCGGUCGGACCGCACGUAUCGGCGCAGAAGGGAAAGUCGUCAUGAUGCUUCUGCCGUCAGAAACACGUUUCCUGCAGGUCCUGGCAGACCGUCACAUAGCCCUGAAGAAGAUGGACGUGUCGGACGUUCUAAAGGGCGUCUUCGCCAUAAAGCAGCAGAUAUUAGACGCAAGGACCGAAAAGGGAGCCAAGCUCAGAUCAAUGGAAGACUACGUGACUGCAUUGCAGUUAAUUUUUGAGCAUGAAGUGAACACCGACAAGGACCUGUUGGGCAUGGCGAAGAAGGGAUACCUGAGCCACGUCAGGUCGUACGCUUCGUAUCCAAAGGCAAUGAGAGAAGUUGUGCUGUUCAAGCAGCUGCACUUGGGCCACUUGGCGAAGGCAUACUGUUUGAGAGAGGCUCCGAAAGUACUCGGAGCGGACAGGUCGGCCCCAAUUCAUGGUAGUCACAAAGAGAAGGCUAUGCUGCAGCCAAAACAGCGGAGGCAGAAAAUGGUGGAGGUGUCGGAGUACGACAGCGGUAUCGGCAAAGGGAGGACAAAAAAGAGAAAGAAGGGGAAGAAGUGAUGGGGAUGGGUUUACACGUUUUAGCAUCCUUUUUUAACUGCCUCUCGUGGAAAGGCUUUGUGAAAAGUGCAUAAGAGCUGAAGGCUAGCGAACCCUGUUUGUUUUUGUGACUGGAAUUUCUCACGACUGUUUCGUGACAGCUUUUCUAGCACAUCGGUGUAAUAAAGGAGGUCUCUUCCAUUUCUGUCA